CCGACCGCCUACCACUAUCGUAGUAUACUGAUACCAGCAUUAAUCAUUAACCUCUUGGAACUCCAUGACUUGACUGCCUUUGCACAGCAGUGAGCAGCAAAUCAGAGCAGUGAAUAACCUGAACAAUCAUAAUGGCACGUGGACUUUUUGCUGUUAUUGUUCAAGCGUUGUUUACGUUGACCUAUGCCCUCUUUGGGGCUCUCAUGGUCAGUUUUGGUAUCCUCGUCAAAACCAUCAAGAAAGGACCAAAGGCAGUAUUUGCCUGGCAUGAUCGAGAGAAAAUGCCAGAAUGUAUGCAAAACCCAGAACUUGGAACGCAUGGAUUCUUAAGACUUAAGGAUGUGCGUCUACACUAUGUUGCCGUAGGUGAUGAAGAUAAACCAUUGAUGCUGAUGGUACAUGGUUUUCCAGAGUGUUGGUACUCUUGGAGGUUUCAGAUGAUGGAGUUUAAGAAAGACUACAGGGUUGUUGCCAUUGAUCAGCGUGGUUAUGGAACUUCCGACACUCCCAUUGGUGUCGCCAACUACUCUGUGAAAAAACUUGCUGCUGAUAUCAAUGACGUUGUGGCUAGUUUGGGUUAUAGUUCGUGCAUCCUGGUUGCCCAUGACUGGGGCGGUGCUGUAGCCUGGCAAGUAGCAGACUCGUAUCCUGAUACUGUGGACAAGUUGAUCGUGAUGAAUAUACCACAUCCUCGAUGCAUGAUGGAUCACAUGUUAGCCGGCUAUUGGCAACAGAUUCUGGCUUCUUGGUACAUUUUCUUCUUCCAGCUACCUUUCUUGCCAGAGUUAAAUUGCAAGAUAGAGGAUUAUGGAAUAAUAAAGGGAACUUUCUUGUCGAGAGAAAUGGGCCUUAAAAACAGAGAGAAUAUGACUGCUGACGACAUCGAGGCGUUCAAGUAUUCCACUAGUCACAAAGGUAACCUGACAGGAAUGAUCAACUACUACCGAGCUGCUCUGAGGUACCCAUCGAAGAUCAGGUCCACCAUUACUACACCGACACUCAUCGUAUGGGGGGACCAGGACGCGGCUCUCAAGGUUAAGCUCUUGGAAGGUACCGAUAAGUACGUGAGUGACCUGAAAGUGAUGAUUGUUCCUGGAGCCAGCCACUGGGUCCAGCAGGACGCCCCGGCUGUCGUCAAUGGUCACAUGAGGGAUUUCCUGGGUUUGAAUUAGGGUUGAAGUAAAAGUGAUGGCUGGAGCUACCCAGGGUCUUAGUUGAAUUGUAGAUUUUUAUUAAAUGGUGCAUAAUAAUCUUUAUAUUGAUGAAAUCGGAAGGUAAAAUAUAUGAUGGGUAAAUGGUAUUUGCAUGCACCAUAAGAUAGUUGCAGGAAAUUCUUUGUUAUUGAUAAAAUGUUGCCGUACUGUUAUCAAACUUAGUUACAGACUUAAUCAGGGGCUAUUUCCCAGACUAAAAAUGGAAAGAUAAAUUUACAGAAGAGAUUACAUAAUCUGACAAUCCUUUUUUUUUUUUUUCAAUAUGGUCUGGUGGUCGUCCAAGAGUGUGGGGUUAUCAUGUUUCUUUAUUUUACGUGUUUAUUUCCCUUUUACUGUAUAUUGGAGGUUUUGAGGAAAUAAAUAAGUAAAUAAAUAAAUAAUAUCUCAUUUCCCUGCCCCAUAGAAUAGAUAAGUUCGACCCACCAUAGAAACAACCUAACAAUGUCAUCUGAACCCCUCAAUCAACAAAUGCCAUACACAUAAAUAAAUGCGCAAUGUAUCUUUCUUGUGAUGGCAGCUUGUUUUCUGAUGGAUUUGAAUGUGUGAAAUGUGGUCAUGAUCAGUCAAUGUAUUUUUGGCCGGAUGGUAAUGAAUUUGUCUAUUUUAUGAGGAUGCUUUUGUUUGAUAUUUGGGGUGAAUUAUUGUUUUUUGUUUGCAAAAAUCUGGCCAAAUAGUUUUCUCAACAAUGUUGUUUUACAUUGACAAGGCCUAUCAACAGCUCUCCAUUGCUCGUUUACCAAGUAAGUUUUUAGGCUAAAGGUUAUUUUGUAGUAAUUACCAAUAGUGUCCAGUGCCUUUAAAUGAAAUUGAAUGCUUUUUUUUAAGGAGUUUUCAAUUUCUUGCAAUAUAGAAAAACUGACGUUUACCACAUUUUAGUCAGAAAUUACCUGGAAAACCUGCAAGCAAAAACAACAAGUUCAACUUUAUAGGUCAAGAGAGGGCGCUAUGUAAGUUUUGUACUGAUGAUUCUCAUGCUAGAUUCAUUUGUAAUAAUUGUGUCGAGGCUGUAAUUAAUGGUUUGUCUAAAUGCCACUUGCAGCUUUGAAAGAUCAUAAAAGAAAAUUUAACAAUAUUUUACUCGAGACGAGAGACAAUUUAACUAAAAAUGUUUUUUCAAUAUUUUUGUAUUCCUCUUCAAAUUUUGUUGACCAAAUGAUUACCAGUACUUGGCUUUCCUUAUAUAAAUAUUUUAUUAAAGAUGCUAUGUCAGA